AACGCAUACAUUAUUUUUUACAGUUUUAGUUAAAAUGUUCAAUCCACAAUAUGGAUUGUUAGAGACUCAAAUUAAAGAAAACAAAAUCUAUAAGAAUAUUAAAUCACAAGUUAGCACAGAAAGUUCGGAUGUUUCAGGAACGCAACAAAAGUGUGAAAGUUUUUCGAAAAAUUCCAGUGCUGAUAUAGUCUGGACCAAUGUCAUAGUUUUUGCUGUUUUGCACCUUUCCGCUUUGCAUGGAAUAUAUUUGAUUGUUUUUGAAAAGAAAUUUUUACUGCUUACGUUAGCAUUUAUUUAUUGCUUAUCACACGCACAAGGUAUAACAGCAGGUGCCCACAGAUUGUGGUCUCAUCGAUCGUUCAAAGUGAAACUUCCAUUGAAAAUUCUAUUAGUGUUUUUGCAAACUGCGUCUUUCCAGAAUAGUAUUUUUGUCUGGGCUAGAGAUCAUCGACUACACCAUAAAUAUACUGAUACUGACGCUGACCCGCAUAAUGCCAAACGAGGUUUCUUCUUUUCCCACAUGGGAUGGUUGUUUGUUCGAAAACAUCCGGAAGUAAUAAAAAAAGGUCGGUCAAUUGAUAUGUCUGAUAUUACAUCUGAUCCACUGUUAAUGUUUCAACACAGAUAUUAUCAAUACUUAAUGCCCAUUUGUGCCUUUAUUCUUCCGGUAUUUACAAUUCAAUAUUUAACUGGAGAAGAACUGAGUCAUUGUUGGGCAAUUGGAGGUUCAUUAAGGUACAUAUAUAGUGUGCAUAUGACUUGGUUGGUUAAUAGUGCUGCGCACAUUUUUGGAACAAAGCCAUACGAUAGAAAUAUUGGGCCAGUCGAGAAUGUUAUUGUAAGUCAUUUAACAUGUGGUGAAGGAUUUCACAAUUACCAUCAUGUCUUCCCCUGGGAUUAUAAAGCGGCUGAAUUGGGCAAUUAUACAUUUAAUUUCACGCUUUUUAUUAUCAAUUGUUUUGCGAAAAUUGGCUGGGCCUACGAAUUGAAGACUGUUUCUGAAAAAUUAAUUCGACAACGAGUGCAAAGAACUGGCGAUGGUAACUGGAAACAAAAUCAAGCAGAAUUGAUCUGGGGAUGGCAAGAUAAAAAUCUACCAAGUGAUCAUAAAAGUUUGGCUGAUAUUUAUAAAUAAACAAAUAUAUUCCAGCUAUUCUAAUAUUGAAGUAUUCAUCACUUUAAUUUAGGCAAUGUUGUUUGUCUUCUUGUAUGAUUGGAUGCAUACAGUGGAACAUAGGAUUUGAAAAAGUAGUAUUAUAAAAUGAUUUGUUUUUUGUUUUACGUAACGAAUUUUUGUUUUUGAUGUUUUUCAGUAUAAUAAAUAUUUGAGUGCGUUUGUGUUUGCGUAUUUAUGUUAAUAA